AAAAAAAACAAAUUUUAUUCGUGCUGUGACAUUUAUUUUAAUUAAGACUAUUUUAGCUUCAAAACAUGACUCGUUCAAAUAAGCGAAAACUUCGAUUCGAAACAAUGGGCAGCAAUAAACGUGGAAGAUACAGUAUUUUUUCCAACAAAAGAUCCAGGCGACCUAAAACAAGUAUUAAUGACAUGCCAAAUGAGAUUUUACUUAACAUUUUUACGUAUCUUGGGCACAAAGAUACAUUAAAAGCCACUUUAGUCAACAAAAACUGGAAUGACUUAAUCUCGAACACAAAAAGGACAUUAGAGAAGGUUAAUAGGAUAUACAUCAAUGAUCAGCACAUGACAAAUGGGAUUCCAAACUUUACUCGUAAAUAUGAAAGCAUCCAAAUUGAGGAUUUGACUGAAUGGAAUCCACAACUGCUUAAAAGCCUGAAAAAAAUUGGAACAGACAUUAAACUUGUCAUACUUGAUCAGUGCGUAUUCUUUGAUGAUGACUUUAAAGGCUUCUUGGAAUGCUUUCCUAAUUUACAAUGGCUAGAGAUUUAUGACUGUCAUCCUGGAAUUUCACCAUUAAAAAACCAGCUAUUGGAGCAGAAACUAAGGCUGAAUAAUCUUGGUUCUUUGAUCAUUAGAGGAUACUCAUGGCCAUUAAGGUUGAUCGAGACUCCAAAUUUGGAGCACUUUGAAGCAAAUUCAUUGACAUUGUACGACCAAGAAUGGCUUAUAAACUUCUUAAAUCAACAGAGAAGCUUACAAAGUCUUCAUUUAGUCAGUAUCUUCAGCUUAUUUGAUUCUCGUUUUGGAUUUCUUCAACCGAAAUUUCAACUUGAUGAAUUAGCACUUUAUGACCUGCCUGACGUAAAUAAGAAUCAACUGAUGAGGCUGUUAGUUCAAGUAAAGUCAACAGUAAGGACAUUGGAUAUUGGAUUUGACAUUCGACGAGAUAUCACCGAGUAUAUACUGAAGAAUUUUCAUUUAACAUGCAUGUCAAUUGAUUACAGCUGUCUGCCUACAUCCAUGAGAUUUUAUGAUGAUUUAAGUCCAAAUGAAUCCUUAACGAAGGUCUCAAUUUAUGGCUGUGUUAAGAAGUCUCACAUAAUCUUGCAUUUCCUUAAAAAGCAUCCAGGAAUUAAAUUUUUAAAGUUGAAGGCACUGAGCAACAUCCAGCCAAUUCGAUUUACUUUUUGGAGUGAACUUUCAAAAGUGACACCAAACGUUUGCUGCUUAAAAUUAGGGAACUUAGAAACUUACAAUAUGGUCUAUAUCAAGAGCCAAAAGCUAGUUCAUUUGGAUGUUGACUUUAUUGGACACACAAAUGCUGCUGCCUGGAUUCAGUUCUGUGACAAUAAUCCGAAUAUCGAAAAUUUUCACGUUUUUAAGAAGCAUAAAAGCAUCAAUAGUGACAUUGAAGCUAUUAUAUUUAAGCACUGGCCUAAACUUAAGGAUAUUUAUUUCGUUCAAGAUUCCAAAUAGUUUGGAAGGGAUUUAUAUUUUUGAUAUUUGAGUAGAACUUUAGUUUAUUUUUAUUUUAUUUAAUUUUCCAUGAGAGUUUUCUAGUAUUUUCAACUAUGUUGACUUUCAUGACCAAUCACAAGAGUUUCUAGUUUUAAAAUUUAUUUUUU